AUGGAGUAUGCCCUAGCAAUUUGGACAAAAAUUUCGCAGCUAAUAGGUUUCCAGCUGAUUCCUAAUGAAGCUCCAUUGACUCGUUUCAAGAGGCUUAAUCGAAUCUAUCGUCAGCUUUGGAAGGAGAGGUGUAUUAGACUCUAUGAGGAUCAUAAAAAACAUCCAUCAACAGUUGUUAUGUUAAUUAUGAACAACUGCAAAUUGCAAGUUCAUAAUGCUAGGCCAAAGGCUAUAGAUACUCAAGCAGGUUUGGAAUUUCUUAGUUCUCUGAAUGUUUCUUCUGUAAGGAGGCCUAUAGUUCUUGCUAAAUGGAUCAAUUGGGAUUUUCCAAGGGAGGGUUGGUUGAAGCUGAAUACAGAUGGUUCCUCUAAGGGAAACCCAGGAAUUCUUACUGGGAUCACUGUCACGGUCACUGGUAUUCUUGGGGCAAUUGCUUCACUUGGGAUUGUCUUUAGAACUUCUGCUGUACCUGGGUUCUGUUGUUCCUUCCGUCUCGAUUGUGGGAAUUCAUCAAAGUAG